UGAGACCUUGGAACUUUGGUACAUAACGAUAAUAGAGUGCGGGGAAGUUGCAAGAUGUCUGAAAAUCCCUUUCAGCCUUUACUCAGGGGAUUAUGAGGGGGCCUGAGUGCCGCUUUCACUUUCAGAGCUGGGGAUGAAUGAGAGAAAUAAUUUUGGGGGAAAGUUUCAAGAGAUUGCUUUGGGAGUAUGAGGAAUUUGAGUAAUGUAAUACAAUAUGGGUGUUUGUGUGUGUGUGGUUUAAAUUAUUCACUGGUUGUAGCUGGACUAUUAAUACUGAAGGGGGUGGGCCUGCGUGUCAACUGAAGCAUGCAAUUGAGGUCCUAAUAUGGCAUCACUGUCUGGUCAGUGACAGGAAACAUGUGUUAAUAACUACACCCUGUGACGUGUGCAUAAUAGUGAUGAAAUGUAUGAGGAAGAAGGGUGGGGACAGGAUGUGUACUGGUGUAAUGUGGGAAAGCAGUUCAAAGCUGGUGUUGAAUAGAUCAAACAGUUGAAACGCACACUUUUUCCUCUCCUUGCACUUCCUCCCUGCAAUAGUAUGAGCCAAGACAAACAAUAUUUUCCGAAACUAUAUAGUGAGUCGAAGAGUUCACACCUUUUAGAAUCACCUGUUACCCCCCCCCCCCCCUCUCUCUCCUUCGUCUUCCCUCACUCCCACACUUCCUCCGUACUCUCAGGGCUGAAACGUGUCACACUCAUGAAGGACCCGGUCAAGGGGAUUGGUUGUACCAUAAAGUCAGCCGCGGGCCACGUUCUUGUCAACAGAAUCAUUGAAGACGGACCUAUAGCCCAGACUGGAGUCCUCAGACCAGGAGACGAGAUUCUUGACAUCCAAGGUACAACAGUCACCGGAAUGCAAGUCUCAGAGGUCGUAGAGGUCAUCAAACACGUUCCCGACCAGUUUCUGGCCACAGUUCGACCUCUGACCUCCAUCAGUAAGAACCAGCCGGUCGACACUGGGAGUGUUCUGUAUUCCGAGAUCAAGCCGAUGUCAAUGGCCCCUCCCACCUCCAAACCUCCACCUCACAUUCCAGAGAUACUUAUCAGUGGGGACUCCACCACACGUGCCACAUCGUUCGAUUUGAGCCCCACCCCCUCGUUAGAGGACGUCGGUUACUAUGACGAUGAGGAGGAAGACACGCCCCCUCCGAUACCUCCGAGGACCGAGGACGCUCUUGUGAUACUCGAUACUCCAUCGCAGCUCGACAGAGAAGAGUUCAAGCCAGCCCUCCCUCCCAAACCAAACACGCCUCCCCUCUCCCUCUCUCCUGCCCGACCGCCCCUUCCCAAGUCAAAGUCAGUAGAAGGCAUCGCUGGACGACACGCCUACGAGGAAGUGGACCUGAAACGGAGUCCGCGGCCACGGCGACACCAUGACUACGAGGAAAUACAACCUGCUCUCAACUACAUGGACAUCAACAAACUCGACUUUAGCAAGAGGUCGGGUGGAGGGGCGAGGUCAAAAACUAACUCCCUCGUUAAAGUCGAGAUGGACUGGAAACAUAAAGUUCAUGUCUAGCCAUUGCUUCAGUGUCGUUUUCAUUCCAUGCUUUUUGUCAAAAAGUGAUCAUUGUUUUGUAUUAUGUUAUGUAAUUGUCAUCGUCUUUCAUUGUUGCCACGGUUACUAAAUGUGAGGACGAGAGGUGUUGUCACCAUGGAAAUCGUUUACUACUUGAUAAAUUUUACCGUUACCGUCUGGUGUCCGAGUGGUUGUGGGUGUGGUUUACGGAGCUUGUGGGUACAAAGGGCAUGUUCAUCACUCUCAGGUGGGCAGGUCUGUUUGGUAUCCCUGGCAACAGCAUUUCCACCAUGUCCUGUUCCUCGGUGAUGCUAAAAAUAGCCUCGGCAUUCUGCCUUUCCUGUGAUGUCACUCUCAGACCGUCCAAUGAGAGGAGAGACGGCAGGUUGAAUAUUGUGAUUGGUCGGUGUUGAUGUCUGCGUGCAAUAGGAUUAUCUAAGAGAGAGAUCUCUAGGAGGCGGGAUAGUGGG